UGGGAUCAAGAGUGCAAUAAAAGGACUUCACACACACCUGAAAGCAAUUGAUUACACAGUGAAGACAUCGCUCGAUACAGAUAAUCAUGCUUGCCCGGAUUUGUUUGGUUCUUUGUUUGGCAGUUCUGGCAACCGCUGCGGUCAUUCCUGAUGGCUCAAAAGUGCCUGACUGUUCUGCAUACCACCUGCCCAGCUGCACCAGAGAGUAUAACCCUGUGUGUGGUACUGAUGGGGUUACUUACCCCAAUGAAUGCUCACUGUGCCUCAAAAAUGUGGAGUUAAAGGUCGACAUGCUGAUUUCCAGGCAGGGCGAAUGCUGAGACACCAAUACACCCAUUUUGAAAGCGAAAAGGCUGGUGGAAUUGCAUCUUUAUUUUUAACCAAAUUAAUUGUUUUGGCUCCUUUUAUUGUAAACCCAUUCUGUUAUAGUAGAUCUAAUGCUUAAAUAAAGCCUGACAUAAAUCAGCCAUGAUUCAUUGAAUACAAGAGUGAAAAUGUCCAAUAAUGGCAGUUCAUGAAAUUGAGCAAUAUAUGGCUGGUCAUGUGAUCAUAACAUUUCCGCACCCAUUCCAUACCCUCUCCAUAUAAAAUAAAACUGCAUUUUAAA